UCGAGGUGAUGAAAUGGUUACAAGUCCCUCGAUCCGUAUAAUCGGGCACAAGACACUUUCGAAACGAAAACAGCACAAAAGCAAUACGAACAAGUGUUUAUGGAUGAUGUGCUCCGAAACGGAGACGUGAGAGCGCGCACCGAAGAAGCACACGGUGGACUGUGAAUGUCUGGAUUUUCUCUAUUGAACAUGUUUAUGUGUGGAGAUAUAACUUCUUAAAUUAAGCAGACAUGUGGCCGACUUGUUUUCUUCUCUCCUGCUGCUUGGUCUUCACGAUCGAUGUGCUUCAGAUGAGCGCCGCGCAGUCAGUCUGUCCCGGGACCGAUAACAAACUCAGCACGUUGUCUGAUUUGGACCAGCAGUACAAAACUCUUCGCAAGUUCUACGAGAACUGUGAAGUGAUCAUGGGUAAUCUGGAAAUCACAAGUAUCGAACGCAACCGCAACCUGUCGUUCCUCAAGUCAAUACGGGAGGUGACGGGUUACGUGUUGGUGGCGCUGAACCAGUUUGAUUAUCUUCCCCUGGAGAACCUGCGGAUCAUCCGCGGAACCAAACUCUACGAGGGACGUUACUCGCUGGCCAUCUUCCUCAACUACAGGCGAGACGGACACUUCGGCCUCAGACAGCUCGGCCUCAAGAACUUGACGGAAAUCUUGAAUGGAGGUGUGUAUGUGGAUCAGAACAAGUUCUUGUGCCACGCUGACACCAUCCACUGGCAUGACAUCAUCAAGAACCCACGGUCUGAACUUCUGGUGGUUCCUGCCAACAGCAGUGGAAACACAUGCAGAAGAUGCCAUCGGUCCUGUAACGGUCGUUGUUGGGGACCACAGGAGGACCAGUGCCAAAGCUUAACAAAGACGGUAUGUGCAGAACAGUGUGAUGGACGAUGUUUCGGUCCGUACGUCAGUAACUGUUGUCAUCGCGAGUGUGCAGGUGGCUGUUUCGGACCCAAAGACACCGACUGCUUCGCGUGUACGAACUUUAAUGACAGUGGAGCUUGUGUGACACAAUGUCCUCAACCAUUCGUCUACAAUCCAACAACCUUCCAGCUUGAGCACAACCCUAAAGCCAAAUACACAUACGGAGCCUUCUGUGUCAAAAAAUGCCCACAUAACUUUGUGGUGGACCACAGCUCGUGCGUACGAGCCUGUCCGAGCAACAAGAUGGAAGUCGAGGAGAAUCACAUCAAGAUGUGCAUCCCAUGCACCGACAUCUGCCCAAAAAUGUGUGAUGGUAUAGGUACUGGGAGUCUUCAAACAGCUCAAACUGUAGAUUCCAGCAACAUUGAGAAGUUUGUCAAUUGCACCAAGAUCAACGGUAACCUCAUCUUCCUCAUCACAGGCAUCAAAGGAGACAUGUAUCAUGGCAUUGGCGCACUGGAUCCCGAACGACUAAAUGUGUUUCACACAGUCAGAGAGAUAACGGGUUACUUGAACAUUCAGUCUUGGCCAGAGAACAUGAGCGACCUUGGUGUCUUUUCUAACCUAGUCACUAUCGGAGGAAGAACUCUUUACAGUGGUAUUUCUCUACUGAUCCUGAAACAGCGCUGGAUCUCUUCGUUGCAGUUUCAGUCUUUGAAAGAGAUCAGCGCUGGAAACGUUUACAUCACCAACAACAGUCAGUUGUGUUUCUAUAACACGGUGAACUGGACCGGGCUUUUCCGCACCAACACCCAAAAAGUCCUGAUCAAAAGCAACAGAGACCCCAGAGAGUGCACCAAACAGAAGAUGAUGUGUGAUCCGCUUUGUUCAGAAGCAGGAUGCUGGGGUCCAGGUGCAGACCAAUGCCUAUCAUGUAAAUACUUCAGCCGAGGAAAGACGUGCGUAAAGUCCUGUAAUCUUUAUGAUGGAGAUAUUCGUGAGUUCGCCAACGGUUCCGUGUGUUUGGAAUGUGACAGCCAGUGUGAAAAGUCUAAGGAUAAAAGUCUAACCUGUCGUGGCCCAGGUCCAGACCACUGUAUGAAUUGUUUGCAUCUGAAAGAUGGGCCCAACUGCGUAGAGAAAUGCCCCGAUGGUCUACAGGGAGCAAACAGCUUCAUCUUCAAAUAUGCUGAGAGCAACAAUGAGUGUCACCCCUGCCACCCCAACUGUACUCAGGGGUGUACCGGACCCUACAUUCAAGACUGCAUCGGGAUAGUGGACAGGACUCCUCUGAUCGCAGCUGGUGUGAUUGGAGGGAUGUUCGUGGCCAUAAUCGUGGCCCUCGGAUUCGCCAUUUUUAUUCGCCGCAAAAGCAUCAAGAAGAAACGAGCUUUGCGCAGAUUUCUAGAAACAGAGUUGGUGGAGCCACUGACGCCCAGCGGUGCCGCACCCAACCAGGCUCAGCUGCGUAUACUGAAGGAAACCGAGCUGAAGAGGGUCAAGAUUCUGGGAACUGGAGCCUUUGGCACGGUUUACAAGGGAAUCUGGGUUCCAGAAGGAGAAACUGUGAAGAUACCAGUGGCCAUAAAGAUACUCAAUGAAAGCACGGGACCAAAAGCCAAUGUGGAGUUUAUGGAUGAGGCGCUGAUCAUGGCCAGCAUGGAGCAUCCUCAUCUGGUGCGUCUGUUGGGGGUCUGUUUGAGUCCCACUAUUCAGCUGGUCACUCAGCUCAUGCCUCACGGCUGUCUGCUGGAUUAUGUAUACGAACACCAGGAGAACAUCGGAUCUCAGCUGCUGCUCAACUGGUGCGUGCAGAUCGCCAAGGGUAUGAUGUAUCUGGAGGAGAGACGUCUGGUGCACAGAGACCUGGCUGCACGUAACGUCCUGGUGAAAUCUCCAAACCACAUUAAGAUCACAGACUUCGGUCUCGCCCGACUCCUGGAUACGGAUGAAAAGGAGUACAAUGCUGAUGGAGGCAAGAUGCCCAUCAAGUGGAUGGCAUUAGAGUGCAUUCACUACAGAAGAUUCACGCAUCAGAGUGACGUCUGGAGCUACGGAGUGACUAUCUGGGAGCUGAUGACAUUUGGAGGAAAGCCCUAUGAUGGGAUUUCCACCCGUGAGAUUCCAGAUAUUUUAGAGAAGGGCGAGCGUUUGCCCCAGCCACCCAUCUGCACCAUAGACGUCUACAUGGUGAUGGUGAAAUGCUGGAUGAUUGAUGCGGACAGUCGGCCUCGAUUCAAAGAACUCGCCGCAGAGUUUAGCCGAAUGGCACGAGACCCGCAGAGAUACCUGGUCAUACAGGGGGAUGAUCGCAUGAAGCUUCCCAGCCCCAACCACAGUAAGUUCUUUCAGAGCCUCCUAGAUGAGGAGGAACUGGAUGACCUGAUGGACGCCGAGGAGUACUUGGUUCCACAGACCUUAAAUGCUCAUCCCACUUCCCAUAUGUCCCUCCCACGUGUUGACUCGAAUCAAAACCAGUUUGGCUAUCAUGAUGGAACGUUGCGCACCGAGGUGACACCAGGGGCUCGAUCUCGUGAGGUAUCGGCUCCAGGCAAUGGACCCUCGGCCGCUCCGGGUGUACAGAGAGCAGGUCUGGAUUCAGUGGAGGGGCAGCAGUGCAAUGGAAGUUUGAAGAAACAGAGCACAGCUCACUCAAUGGAGGACAGCAGUGCUCAGCGCUACAGUGCAGAUCCCACCGUACUCCUGGGAGAGAGAGAACAGAGGGCAGAUACAGAUGAGAACGGCUAUAUGUCCCCUAUGAAAGACAAGAGCUCCACAAAUCAUCUGAAUCCUGUCGAGGAGAAUCCUUUUGUUACUCGGCGUAUAAAUAAAGACCCUCACGCACUAGACAACCCAGGUUACCACAGCACCCCCGAUGGUAAACCCAAUUGCGAAGAUGAGUAUAUGAAUGAGCCCCUUUACCUCAACACGUUCAACAACAUCAGUGACAUCAACCAAGAGAUUUUAAGGAAAAAUGGAGUCUCCCUUCCACUGCAGGUGUCGACAGCAACCCACAAUCCGAACAACCAUGUCACACAAGUAGGUAGACCCUAUCAUCUCAACCACGGACCACAUGUUCGCUUCGCCGUACCUCCGGUUCAACUCGUGCACUCUGUACCAAUGAACCAGAAUGAUCAACUUACCCAGUCGGAUCAGUCAAUCCUUGAUCACCCCAGCAAAUCAACAGCAGGCCAGAUCUGCCUAAUCCAGCCAGGGAACCCCAGCAAAUCCAAUCGUUCACCUCAACAGUUUCACUUGGCAAAUUCUGCCAUCACAGGUAAAGUUGGCCUGCCGGGUCACCCCAUGCAACCGGGCAGCAUGAUUCAUUCGGACAAGGUGUACAGAAAUAACUUUGACAAUCCUGAAUAUUGGCAGCACAGCCUUCCACCCAAGAUUAACCCUCAAGACUCAAUCGUCCGCAAUAACAAGUUUUUGUACAAGCAGAAUGGCCGCACACAGUCAUCCAUGGCGGAAAACAAAGAGUCUGAGUCAGGUACGAAGCCAGGAACAGUCCUGCCUCCUCCUCCGUACCGGCAGAGGAACACUGUGGUCUAACGUCCGGGUCUCUGUACUCUGUAGAGCCUGGUUCUUCUACCAGCACCUUACCUUUAAUGUCUUUCCUCAGUUAAAGAAAGGAGACAUGGCAAAUUUAAAGCCACAUAAUUUACCUGUGUACUGGAGUCCAUCCGAAGGCCAUCCCAAAUAAUCUUGUCUAUUUUUUCUAGUGUUUUUGUGUCCAGUGACAUCUUUAUUAAAGUUGUGAAAUAUUUGCAAUCAAGGUACAUUCGUAUCUGUGUUCCCUGAAAAUUGAACCCAUGAGCUUUGCGUUGGAAACGCAAUGGUCUACCUAUUGAGGUAGAUGAACAUUGAAUAACGACGAUUAUAUGCACUUAAAUUUUAUACACGCACACAGUUUCCGGCACAUACUUCAGCCAUUUGAAACCGAUAAACCUGCUGCCCUUCUGGGAAAACUGGUGUUAGAUAAAAACGCAUUGUGAAAUUGUGGACACUUUAAUUCCUCGACAGUUGAACAGAACUUCGAUAAAGUCGUGGAGGGGUAUUAGUACAUAAUGAAUACAAAGACCUUAUACAAUAUUGUCAGUGAAAGUCAGGGGUUAUUUUCCCCUGAUGAGCAAGUGACCUCAGGGGGAUUCACCUGUAGAGAGAUACAGAAUUCAUUAUCAGAAUGAACAGCACUGAAUGCUUUACAGGGUGUUUGCAUUCAUUUUCCUUAAUUGCAUAAGCUCUGACAAAGCAUGUUUGGUAACUUAAAUUAUCCUUUGUCUGAAUUAAAUUUUUCUUUUAUGCUCCUGUGGAUUAAAAGGACUCGGUUUGGUCACCUGUAUUUGUGCUAUCUCAUGGCAAACAGGUUGCUUGUUGGAUUUUUUUUUUGGUGGACUGUGUUUUGCUUUGAUAUUUGUUUAUUUACUAAGUCGACAAAUCAGGGGAAUGCAUUUGCUUUACUUCUGGUUAACACAUUUAUAAGUCAUUAUGUUUUAUUUGUGCAAUGCAGUGUUUUUGGUAUUAAGCCUCUAUUGAAUUCAGAUACAGUAUGUGACCCUGGACCACAAAACUAUAAGUCACAUGGGUAUAUUUGUAGCAAUAGCCAACAAGACAUUGUAUGGGUCAACAUUACAGUUUUUUUAAUCAAUAAAAUCAUAAGGAUAUUAAGUAGAGAUCAUGAAUUUAUUGUGUAAAUUUCCUACCAUAAAAUGUAUUUAUUAUUAGUAAUAAUGACGUCUUUAGGACAACUUUUCUUAAUAUUUUACGUUUUUUGCACCCUUGAAUUCCAGAUUUUCCAGAUCUCAGCCAAAUAUUGACCUAUCCUAACAAACCAAGCAUCAAUGGAAAGCUUAUUAUGCAGCUUUGAGAUGAUUUAUAAAUAAAAAAAAUUAAAUGGAUCCUUAUGACUAGUUUUGUGAUCCAGGGUCACAUUCGGGAAAUAGAAACUGGGCACAAUAUUUACACAUAUUAUCAUUACUAUUUAUUGAAAAUGGCUGCUAAAAGUUUUUGUUUUUCGGGCAUUUUAUUGAUAUUCCAUAGUACACUAAUCCAUUCUUUUUUUUUUUUGACACAGUCAGUUUACAUGUAUCAGAUGUGGUAGGCUUACUAUACAGUAUUAUACUCAUUUUAAAUUAUAAUACCAGAUAUCCAAAGCUGCAUACAUUAUGACAGAACUGUUAAAAGACUUAGUGCUAUUUCUUAGUGCUUAAAUUAUACAAAAAGCCUUUAGUUUGUUGUGAAUCACCCAAAUAAUGUCUGUAUCUGGUAUAACACUGUGCUGUUUUAUUUCAUAGUGAACACAAUUGUUUGUGCUUGCAUUGUGUUGCCCAUGUAUUUUCACAUCUGCUAUCAAAGUAGAUUUGUGUGUCUUUGUUGCUUUAUAUGAUUUAUAAUCAGAUGGGUUAUUAGGUCAUAAUAAAACAGUUUCAGUGAAGUUUUGAGUUCAUCAGAACAAGUUUACAGGUAGAAACAAGAGAUAUUAUUGCAACUAUAGUCCUUUAACUCUUUCCCUGCCAGUGUUUUUUUUUUGUUGUUGUUGUUGCCAGCCACUGCCAGCAUUUAUGAUUUUAUUUAUUUAUGAUUUACAAUAAAGUUUAAUGACUUUAAGAAAAUGUUCCUCUUUAAAUAUAUAAAAAUACAAUAUAUCAAAUGAAAAAUAAAACGCUUCACUUCGUUUUUACACCACUCAAAUAUGGGUAGGUUUCUUCAAAAAUAUUUUUUUUUUAGCAAAAAGCUGAGAUAAUUGCACUUUCGUUAUAGUUUUUACAGUUUUUGAAUUAGAGGAGGCUUCAUUGUUUUCUAAGUUGUGUAAGAGCGCAACCUAAUGGAUAAUAGCGGAAAAAUGAUUGCCGUAAAAACUCGUCAAUGGCAGGGAAAGAGUUAAAGGUGCAUUGUGUAACUUUUAGAAGGGUGUCUUGACAGAAAUGCAAUAUAAUCUACAUAACUAUAUUAUCAGUGGUGUAUAAAGACCUUACAUAAUGAACUGUAUUGUUUGUAUUACCUUAGAAUGAGACGUUUUAUCUACAUACACCGCGGGUCCCCAUACAUGAAAGUCACCGUCAUGUUUCUCUACAGUAGCCCUAAAUCGACAAACUGACCGUGUUUUGUCACUACGUUUUCUCAGACAAUGACAUGUUUGUCCUGUGGCGGUUAGUGUAGGUUUAAUAUGCUUUUCAAAAAGGAGGGGUGAGAUGUUGGUUGCAAUUCACAAUCUCACCUCUAGAUGCCGCUAAAAAUCUCCACAAUAGACCUUUAACUGUCAAAUUAUCAUAAAAACUGAUCUCCGGUCACAAAUAUUAUUGUUGCACUUUCGUAAAAUUUGAUUUAUAGACAAUUAUGGGAUAAGGUUUUACAUGUAUGCACAUAUGCAAAUGAUUUUUAUCCAAUGGGACUUGCAGUGUAUUAAAGGUAUAAGUUUGUGUUGUAUGGGAAUCGAAUCCAAGAUUAGCGCCAUGCCAUUCUAAAUGAGCAAUAAUAAAAUGAAAGAUUUAAGCGAUCCUAAUACUUUUAAAAAUAAUGGUGCUUCACAAUGUCAUAGAAAAAAAAACAUUUUACGCUGAAUGGUUUCUUAAAAAUCCUUCAACAUCCAACCUUUCUGUUUCAAAAAAGGUUUUUAAGAUUAUGAAAUGGUAUAAAAUAAAUGGGAUCAGUGUAGAAGAACGUUUUAAGCGACCAUUAUUUUUAAUAGUGUAUUUGAAAAACAUUUUUUUUUUAAAUAUUUUAUUAUUUUAUCCAAGUUAACUCAAAAGGUAAAUUGAUGCAUAUGGAAUCGCUUCAGGGAACUUCUAACAAAUCUCAGCAAACAAACAUACAGUUCCCAUGAAUGCAUGGUCAGUAUCUACCAAAACAUUUGGCAAACCAAGUAAUGAGAAGUGCAGGGGAUACACACAACAUUAGAUCAUUUGAACAUUUAUAGCAAAAUGUGCCAUGUUUCUGAGCCAUUUAGUAUGAUUGCUCUGUAUGUUCUUAUGAAAUGUGAAUAGUAUUUUUGUAGAGCGAUGAAAGGUAUGUGAGGAACUGUAAAUAUAUAGAGACUGUUGCAUCUAGUUCUUGAUUUUUGUUUUCUUGAAAACCUCGGUUGUGUCUAACAUGCCUUGUCUGUGGACAUAGUGUCAGUAUGUUUGUGUUUGCUUUAAACUUAAGUGAUGUUUUGUUUUCCUCGGGACUGCGUGUCAAACUCCUGCUGCUUCUAUGGUUAGUUGUGGCCCUUUCUUCUUUCUCCAUAAGUGCCCAUUUCUCUAUUCUUUACCUUAAUAUACAUUAUUAGUUGUAUAUAUGACUGUUUAAGAUUUACAGAAAGGCACAAGAUAAACUAUUGAAUAUUUACUUGUCAACCUAAUAUAAAACAAAGUACUGAUGUAUCUUCAGUGUAUUUUCUAUAUUUAUUAUACACAUUUUGUUUUGAUGUCUACCUUUGAUUUGAAUGCAUUUUAUUAGAUGUGAUGUUAUGUACGUGAUGAAUUCUGGGAGAACUGCUCUUGUUCAGGCAAAGAUUUUAAAUUAAACAAAAUGUUUGGACACCUAAUCUACGAUAAUGAACAACAAAUGAAUGUGAUUGAAUUAGAUAACUUAUUAUUAAACUCAACAACUCUCAGCUAUGUUUACAAUUAGCUAAUUUUAAGCAAAACAGAUGGAGAUUGUUAAUGUUUGACAGCCUCAAAUAAAAUAUUUUAACUUAUUAAUACUUUAUUAUUAAUUAACUACGCAGAUUUCAACUUUUAUCAUUUUUUAAUUAUUAUUACAAUUGAAUUAUUAUUUAAAUAUCAAACCUUCAAAUAUCAAACUUAUCAAACCUAAAAACUAUUUUUUGUUAAAGCUGCAAUCGUAACUUUUUUAAUUAAUAAUAAACAAAAAACAAUUACUGAGCAAUACAAAAAAUGUAUUGGGAAAGUUUGAUGUCAUUUGGCUUCAAUUUAUAAUUUUUUUGAUUCCAACUUUAAAUAUUUGCUUGAAAAUAUGCUCUCUGUAAAAUAGAUGCAACUUUUGUUUUGAUGUUUAUCAAGCCAAGUUUGUUUUCCAAUUGACUUUAUUUAGCAUAUGGGUGUCUAUUGGAAAGAUGAUACAUUUUUACAUGUGGCUUAUGUGUCCAAAUGGCAUUUGGUUAACCGUAUUUAGAUUAUUUAAGUUUCUAUUCUGUCAUAGAAACAUACAAAAACAAGGUGACAAAACUUAAUCGAGAGUUCAGAUCAUUCCUCAUAUUGUUUCCUUGUAAAUUGAUAUUCACAAACUAAUGCCAACAGAAAUAAUGUCCCAUAUUUGUUACAUUGUCCUGUUAAAAGUAUAUUUUGAAUUUAAUAUAAAUAAAGAUGAACUGAAUUUGAA